ACCAUUCGUGAAAAUUAAAUAGAAUCUAGAUCUAGACAUCACAAUAUGCAGUCAUUGUAUUACAGGAGCGUUAUACUACAACUUAAUUUACUUUUUUAAAAAUCUUAGACUAAUCAUUAGAUAUAUAUUAAAGUUCGGUGUUUCUUUGCAAAAGUUGAAGGGGAGAUUUUCUCAUUGAACAAUGCAGCAGCCUAAUAACAAUAGUGAAGCAGUCAAGAGAUGUAUGAUAAUGCCUGUAGCGCCUCUUUCCAGUCAGUUGCGCUUCCAACCACAUCCACCGUAUGGAGUUGGUAAUCCUGUUAGAAAAAAGCCACGACCUUUCUCAGCCCCACAAAAUAACAGAAGCUAUGCAGUGCCUUGGCAUGGGUCAGCUUUUCAGGAGCCAAAAUAUCCUACACAAUAUCAUAAUGUUUCUCUCACCGGUCAUCGUCCUGUUGACUCAGACAUCAGUUCUCAUGCUCCCUUUGCAGCUCGAAAAUUAGCAGCUUUUUUAGAUUCUGCAUUAGGCUACCCUCGUGUUGAUAAUGGUAAAAGUGUCACCUUACCUUCCUAUGACCCUCUUAACGAUCCUCACCUUGUAGAAUAUUUUGAAAGAAGGUUUGGCACCUUGCAGCUUGAAGAACUUCGACGACAGAAACUUUUUAGUCGACCUAGCAGCUCAAGAAGUUCAGGCUUGCUACCAAAACGCAGGAAACUUGGCAAAGAUGAGGAUGUGAUGUACAAAGUGGCAGUAACCACAGGAGAUGUCAAAAAUGCUGGCACAGAUGCAAAGGUCUAUCUCAGUUUGAAAGGCUUGAGGGGAAAAAUACCAAGGACUCGUCUGACAAAAAAAUCUGGUUCUGUCAAAUCUGGUAAAAAAGUGAGAUUUCGAUUUGCCAAAGGAACAACUCACAUCUUCAAGGUGUGGGGACCUAACAUAGGAGACAUAAAGUCACUAGUCAUAGAGACUUCAGCCUUGAAAGAAGAGGAAGCUUGGUAUUUGCAAGAAAUAGAAGUGAAGAAUACUAAAACAAAGAAGUCCUACAUAUUUUUCUGUAACCAGUGGCUGUCAUUAUACCAUAAUGAUGGUCAGGUCAAAAGGGAACUCUUUCCUGUGACAAGUACAAAAACAGAAUAUGAGGUGGUCACAGUGACUGGAGACAAGCCCGGGGCUGGUACUGAUGCUAAUGUGUUUGUGACCUUGUUUGGUAAGACUGGCAAGACAGAAAAAACUCUCCUGAAGAAUAACAGCAAGAACCUGUUCCAGCAGGGUGCCACUGACACAUUCCGCUUCAAGUCCAACUGUGUGGGCCCCAUGAAGAAGCUAAGAAUAGAACAUGACAACACAGGAUUUGCUCCGGGCUGGUAUCUUGAAAGAGUGGUGAUCACAGAUUUAAUGAACCCUCAGUGGAAAUACUUUUUCCCAUGUGCUCAGUGGCUAGCUAAAGAUGAAGGUGACAGAGAAAUAUGCAGAGACCUAAUUGGCAGCAUUGAUCCUUUAGCUAUUAGAAAACCCAUUAAGUACCAAGUGACAGUCUUCACUGGAGAUAAGCCUGGAGCUGGAACAGAUGCCAAUGUUUCCAUCACCAUGUUUGGUGACCUGGGGGAGUCUGUAGAGAAGAGAUUGACCAAAAGUGGGACUAACCUCUUUGAAAGAAAAUCGGAAGAUAAGUUUAUCCUGACAUGUCCACAACUGGGUAACAUUGAGAGAAUAAGGAUAGGUCAUGAUAACUCUGGAUAUAAAGCUGGCUGGUACCUAGACAAGGUCAUUGUGGAUGAACUGGAGGAGCCAAACAGAGUCUUCAAGUUUCCCUGUCAACGUUGGCUGGCUAAGGAUGAGGAUGACGGGAAGAUCACACGAGAACUUCUUAAAGAUCAUGGCCCCAGGGACAUACAAGGCUACCCAUUUGUUAUCACUGUCAAAACUGGGGACAAACCUAAUGCUGGCACUGAUGCCCGGGUCUACAUCAUCAUGUAUGGUCAAGCUGGAAAAAAGAAUUCAGAAGAGACAAGUGGUAAAAUCUGGUUGGACAGUGGUGGCAAGUUUGAGAGAAACCAGAAAGACUUGUUUAGAGUGGAGGUGGCCAAGAUGAUCAGUCCACUCAGUAAAAUUGAAAUUGGCCAUGACAACAGUGGCGUUGGACCAGGCUGGUACUUGGAAUCUGUGACGAUCUAUAGUCCAACAUCAGGCAUAGAGCAGUUUUUUCCUUGUCGUCAGUGGCUGGCCAUAGAUGAAGGUGAUAAGCUGAUACAAAGAACUCUUUAUGAGCAGAUGGGACUGCGCAAAAAAAGAGAGCAAGAGAUUAGCUGGCAGGCUUGGGUUCACACAAGUGACAAGAAAAAUGCUGGCACAGAUGCCAAUGUUUUCAUGUGUAUCUAUGGUGAUAAAGGCAAGUCAGAUGAAAUCAAACUGGACAACAAGGGAGACAAUUUUGAGCAAGGCCAAACUGACACAUUCCGAUUUACUACUCCCAACUUAGGUGCCCUGUACAAAGUGAGAGUAUGGCAUGAUAACACUGGAUCUUUUGCUGGAUGGCAUCUGAAUAAAAUUGAACUUCAAAGUUUGGAAAGUAAAGAAAAGUACACUUUCAACUGUGACCGCUGGUUGGCUGAAGAUGAAGACGAUAAAGAGUUGAUCAGAGAGAUGCCUGCUGAGGCUCCCAGCAUAAAGAAACCAUUGCCCUUGGUACAUUACAUCAUCCAAGUCUACACAGGAAAGAAAAAAGGCGCUGGCACAGAUGCCAAUGUCUAUAUCAAUGUUUUUGGGGACCGUGGUGACACUGGUAACAGAUUCUUGAAGAAUUCCAAAACCAAUAAAAACAAAUUUGAAAAUGGGAAAAUGGAUGAGUUUGAAAUUGAGGCAGUGUCCUUGAGUAAACUGCGCAAAAUUCGAAUAGGUCAUGAUGGCAAAGGUAUUGGUUCUGGCUGGUUUCUGGAUAAAGUAGUGGUCAUUCCCAAAGAUGACAAACAAGGGGAAGUAACCUUUAAUUGUAAUCGGUGGCUGGACACUAGUCAAGAUGAUGGCCUUAUUGAAAGAGAGAUAACUGCAUCAGGAACUCAGAUGCUUAGCACUACCACCUAUCAUGUAUCUGUUAAGACGGGCAAUGUUAGUGGAGCAGGCACUGAUGCCAAUGUCAGUCUCAAAAUCUUUGGCACCAAUGGAGACACAGGAAACCUGCAGUUACGACAGUCUGAAAAUUCCAAUAACAAGUUUGAGAGGGGCAAGACAGACUUAUUCAAACUUGAAGCUACAGAUAUUGGAAAAAUUAAAAAAAUCAAAAUCGGCCAUGACAACAGUAAGUUAGGGGCAGCCUGGUACCUGGAGGAGGUCAAUAUUGAUAUACCAUCCAAAGGACAACAUUACAGUUUUCCUUGCCGCAGGUGGCUGGAUGACAAAGAGGGGACAGAAGUUGAACUGGAUCCUGUGACUGUACAAGCCAUUGAGAAAACCAUACCCUAUGAGAUCACUAUUUGGACUGGAAAGAAGAAAGGAGCUGGCACAGAUGCUAAUGUUUUCCUUCAGAUGUAUGGCAAGGAGGGUAAAACUCAGGAGAUACAGCUACGAAAUAAAUCUGACAACUUUGAGGAAGGAGAAGUGGACAAAUUUAAGAUUGAAGCUCCAGAUGUAGGAAUUCUUCAAAAAGUUCGUAUAGGUCAUGAUGGUGCUGGCAUGAUGUCCGGGUGGUAUCUUGAAAAGAUGUGCAUCCAACGAAAAGCUAUCAAAAGCAAAGGUCUGAAGAGACAGCUCUCUCCACAUGGUUCAAGGAAAUCUAAGGCUAAUCUCUCUGACAAUGAUUCUGACUCUGGAAGCUCCCCAUCACCUCGAAGAAAGCGCAGCAGCUACAAAGGUUCCAAGCCUAAACUUGAUGCUGUCGAAGAAGAGGAUGAGGAUGACCAGGACACGGAAGAUUACUGGUUCUUUGUGGACAAGUGGUUCUCUAAGGGAGAAGGAGACAAGUUGAUUGUGAGGGAACUGAUUCCAACAGAUAAAGAUGGAAAACCUCUUCGAGGGUCACUGCAAGAUUUAUCUGAUGACGAUGAUCUUGAGAAGAUGGAGUAUACAGUGAAGGUAUUCACUGGGGAUGUCAGCUAUGCUGGAACUGAUGCCAAUGUUUUUAUCACUCUCUAUGGGGAGCAUGGAGACACUGGAGAGAGACACCUGAAAGAAUCAGCAACACAUGUUAACAAGUUUGAAAGGAACCAGGAAGAUGUGUUCACUGUUAAAGCUGUUGAUCUUGGCAAGUUGGUGAAAGUGAACAUCCGACACGACAACAAGGGAGGGGGUGCAGAUUGGUUUUUGGACAGGGUAGAAGUGGAAGACCCCAAAAAUAAGAAAACCUAUUUCUUCCCUUGCCAACGGUGGCUUGCUGUGUCCAAAGAUGAUGGUCAGCUGUCUAGGGAUCUCAUGCCAGUGGACAUUGCACUCAAAAAGAAACUUUCCAAGAGAGAUUCAAAAACAAGUAUAAGAGAUGAGAUAGGUCUUGAGGUCAAAGCUGCACUGACAACUUACCAUGUGAAGGUGUAUACUGGAGACAAGUUUGGUGCUGGCACUGAUGCCAAUGUUUACAUUAUUUUGUUUGGAGAAAAAGAUCAUACAAAUAAACUGUUCCUUAAAUCUUCACAAAACAAAAACAAGUUUGAAAGAAAUCAAAUGGAUGACUUUACUUUGGAGUUGGCAAACAUUGGAGAGCUCAAAAAAAUCAAAAUCGGUCAUGAUAACGCUGGUGGAGGAGGUGCUUGGUUUUUAGAUAAAGUUGAAAUAGAUGCCCCUUCUUUGGGUCGCAUGUGGGUGUUUGAUUGUGGUCACUGGUUGUCAGAUUCAGAUGAAGACAGAAAGUUAGAACGAGAGCUGUAUCCACGAGAGCUGGCUACUGAAGAAUAUGCUCCAUGCAUACCCUAUGAGAUCACCACAUACACCAGCAACAUGUCAGGGGCAGGCACAGAUGCAAUGGUCCAUGUGACACUGUACGGUAAAGAAACAGCCACUCAACAGAAAAACCUCUGUAGCUCAAAGAAAGAGUGCAAAUCGAAGUUCAACAAAGGCUCAGUGGAUAAGUUUAUUGUGGAACUUGAAGAUGUUGGUCCAAGUAUUGAAAAGUUACGUAUUGGUCAUGAUGGAUCUGGUUUUGGUGCUGCCUGGCAUCUGGACAAGGUUGAAGUUCGAAGGCUACAUGAUUCUGGCAAGGGUUCUGUUACUUACACUUUCCCAUGCAAUCGUUGGCUGGCCAAGGAUGAAGAUGAUGGUGCUAUUGAGAGAGAACUCUUACCUGCUAAACUUAUCCAGGAAAUUGUGGGGAAGGAUGGAGAGACUAAAUCAAAAGAGUUGAAAAUUAAAGAUAAACUAGAGUCCAAGAAGUACAAUGUGGAAGUAUUCACUGGGGAUGUGUCUGGUGGAGGAACUGAUGCUAAUGUAUUCCUGACACUAUUUGGAGACAAAGGAGACUCUGGGGAGAGGCAGCUCAGAAACUCUGAAACCAACAAAGAUAAAUUUGAAAGGAACAAGAUGGAUAGAUUUAUUCUGGAAGCUGUUGACCUUGGGAAACUUUAUAAGAUCAAAAUACGUCAUGACAACUCCUUCAUUAACCCCAGCUGGUUCCUGGACAGAGUUGAAGUCUAUGAUGGAAAAGAAAAAUAUAUUUUCCACUGCGAGCGUUGGCUUGCUAAGAAUAAAGAUGAUGGAAAAAUAGAAAGAACUCUUUAUGCAAAGGGUUAUGAUGGUGAUAUGUCUAGCACAGGGACAUUGAAAUCUACAAGGUUUGGGGGCUCUGUGGCCAGUUUAGAGUCUAUGAGGACCACUGAUACUUUCUCUAAAAGCCCCAGAGUGACCCGCAAACAGUUAGCCACUCUUGAGGAGGAUGUAUCGCAUGAACCAACCAUUCCUUACACCAUCAAGGUGAGUACAGGAGAGGGCAGUGACAAUGGCACCAGCAGCAAUGUCUGGAUUGACAUAUUUGGCUUGAAAAAGAAGCACACUGGUAAGCUUUUCCUGGAGUUACUGCAGAAAGAGAAAUUUGAACCAGGCUCUGUGGAAACAUUUUCUAUUGAGGCUGUAGAUGUAACAGAAGUUAAGAGAAUCCAGAUAGGCCAUGAUGGUACAGCCCCUGGAAGUGGUUGGUUCCUAAAAGAUCUGGAAGUAGAUCUUCCAACUAAAGGGAAACAUUAUCACUUUGAAUGCAGACAGUGGCUGGCUAGAGACAAAGGGGAUGGUAAAACAUCACGGGACUUUAAUGUCGAGGAUGGCAAGAGUUCUAUCACAUCAUACAAACCAAUGGUCACUUAUGAGGUCACAGUCACUACUGGGGAUGUUCCUGAUGCAGGCACAGACUCAAAGAUUUUAAUGACAGUCUUUGGACUGAAAGGAACAUCUUCUGUUCUGGAACUUGAAAAAAGAGAUGAUAGAUUUGAAAGAGCAAAAACCAACCUUAUCAAGAUGGAAAUAGAUGAUGUAGCACCACUUAAAAAAAUAAGACUGGAGUUAACUGGAAAAGGAAGUCGGCCAUGCUGGUUUUUAGAGAAGAUUGAAUUAAGAAAUAUGGAGACUGGCAAUUUGUCUGUCUUUAAAUACAACAACUGGAUAGGUCACGGCAAAGAAGGAGCUAAGAAUCCUGUUGAUAUUCCAGCCACAGAGAGAGGGAAAACUGUUGUAGAAAAGGGCACUUAUAAAGUGUCAGUGAAAACAUCUGACGUGUCUGGGGCUGGCACAGAUGCCAAUGUCUACAUCAUUCUCUUUGGUGCCUUUGGUGAUUCAGGAGAGAUACACUUGAAGAAGUCUGAGACCAACAAGCAUCUCUUUGAAAGAAACCAGGAAGAUGUCUUCACAAUCAAAGAUAUCCUAUCUCUUGGGGAAUUGAGCAAACUGAGAGUGUGGCAUGAUAAUAAAGGGAUAGGAGCAUCCUGGCAUCUAUCUUCCAUUAAAGUAGAAGAUGAGAAGACAGGGAAAGUCUAUACAUUUGUCUGUGACAAGUGGCUCUCCAAAUCUGAGGAUGAUAAACAGAUCAUCAGAGAGCUCACAUGCAACACCACAGGCAGGUCUGACUCUGCUCGGGGCUCAGCUCGUAGCAAUAAAGAUCAAACAGUCUAUGAGAUAGAAGUAACUACAACUGAUAAGAGUGAAGGUGGGACUGUGCACAAUGGAUGGAUUCUAUUAGAAGGGAAACAAGGCAGCUCCAAGAUUUUCCACUUAAAGAACAGCCCUCAAAAUAAAAUACUCAGAAAAGGAACAACGAACAAUUUUUCAUUUCCAUCUAAGCCAUUGGGUAAACUUCAGUACUGCUUUGUCGGUGCUUAUGAACGGGAUGAUGUGCGGCUGGAAGACACAGAAGGGAGAGCAGCCAUGUGGCAUUGUCAUGAAAUAGCUGUCACAGAUUCUGCCACUGGAGUAAGAUAUAUUUUCCCAUGUAAAGAGUGGAUAAAAAUUUAUAGAAAUAUACGACCAGAAAAUGGUAAAAAACUGACUGCCCAGAAAGUGGAAGAAAGUCAUGUCAGCACAACUAGAAGUUUGGCUCCUGUCAAGUAUGAAAUUGUGAUUGUGACUGCUGAUGAAAAAAGUGCUGGCACAGAUGCCAAUGUUUUCAUUACAAUUUUUGGCACCAAUGGAGACACUGGCAAGAGAGCCCUGACCAAAAAGUUAACAAAUCUCUUUGAAAGAGGCCAGAAAGAUACCUUUCAGAUUGAGGCAUUGGAUUUAGGUGAGCUGACAAAGGUUAAAAUAGAACAUGACAAUUCUAGCUUCCUCCGUUCCAGUUGGCUUUUAGACAGAGUAGAAAUCAUCAACAUGGCUUCAAAUGUCACCACAGUUUUUCCAUGUGGCAAAUGGCUGUCCAAAAAGAAAGGAGAUUGUCAGAUUUCCAGGGAACUCUUUGCCAAAACAGAUUAAAUGAAUUCAUUUGACUUAGUUAUGAAUGUAAGCUUUUUUAAGAAAUUACAAAAUGUGACAGAAGGGUACAUACUUACCCGUGGCCAUUGUCUCUAGCUUCAGAUUUAUAAAAAUAAAACAGUUAAUCAACAUUGAUUUUUAAAUGUAUUCAUAAUGUGCCAAACAUUCUAAAGUACUGAUGAUUAUUAAUUCUCAAUCUUGUGCAUACUGAAUUACUGGUGUUUUAUUUGUUGUAUAAUGAUGUCACAAAUGAUGUCACAAAUGAUGUCACAAAUGAUGGUGAUUGUUUGAGAUGGAAGAACAAUUGUUAUGCUCUGUUGUUGUUUUUUUCGUGUUUAGUAUUUUAACAAAUAUUCUAGGUUUUUGCCUUACGGGUAAAGUAUUAUAUUUUAAUGUUAUUUUUCUUAUAAUUUUUUAAAAUGCACAGUUGGGUGAAAGAUUUUUGUUGGCAGUUUUUACAUAUUGAAUCCUGAGCAAUCAACCCUUAUAUUUCCUUGGUGGUUUUAAUUACCAAGAAUCAUUUGGUACUUAAUAACAUAAUGUUUGUGAAAGCUAAGUGCUUUUUUUUAAACAAACAAUGAUAAUAUAAUAGGCUGAGUUAUCUUCCUGGUUUGGCAUUUUUCAACCAAACCCAAAUCUGAUGGAUGGCUAUGAUUAAGGGAGCUGAGUUUGAACUGACAGUCUGAACACAUAUAGCUCAGUAAGGCAGCCAUCUGAGUGCAACUAUUAUAUUAAAUAUAUACUUUAUGACUGCCUUGUUGAUGGCACCUUUCAAAUUUCUUAAAACAUAUCAGUUGUGAAAGCAGCUUUUUGUAUCCUGUUGUCAUGGUCACAAUUUUGUCAACAAACUUCAGCCAUAGCUUGUUUUUGUAAAUUUCACUUUUAAUUUGUCCAUUUAUUUUCUAAGAUCACACAAAACAAUGUUGUUAAGAACUUUUGUUCAUUGUUGACACAAGUGGCCUUGUGUUUGUAUAUUUUCUACAUAGUGACAAACGUUAGAUUUUUCUUUUAAGUUAAUUAUUUAGUAUUACUCAAGAGAAGUAUCAACUAGCUGAGAGUUAGACACCUUGAUUUAGCAAGAUAAUCUAUUGUGCUACUUACAGGGCAUUGUUAAAAACAACAGGGUUUCUCAACAAUCUUGGUCUUAAUUAUGACUGUUUAUAGUUGUCAUAUUUUGUCUUUUAGUAGCAUUUUACCAGUCAGGACAGACUGGUGGUUAUCUAAAUAAGUGUUCAGCACACUUCACUGCAACAGCAUGGUGGUCAUGACCAGUCCUGAUGUAUUAUGGGUCAAAAUAGGUAAAAUAAAAUUAAUAACAGAGUACCUAUGGUGCCUGAUGCCCAGAAAAGCAAGAUCUUUUGAGACCACCUCCCUUCAAUCUUUCAAUAAUGUACGUAAUUCAUAUCUACAUAAGAACAAUCACCAGUAACCAAUACAAAAGUUACAUAAAAUCAAAAUGAGUUUAAUGAAUGUAGUGACAUAGUGACAGACAACUAUGUUAUUUUAUGUUGUUCAUUGGUACCCAAACACCACACUCCUGUACCCAAACACCACACUGCUGUACCCAAACACCACACUCCUGUACCCAAACACCACACUCCUGUACCCAAACACCACACUCCUGUACCCAAACACCACACUCCUGUACCCAAACACCACACUCCUGUACCCAAACACCACACUCCUGUACCCAAACACCACACUCCUGUACCCAAACACCACACUCCUGUACCCAAACACCACACUCCUGCCCAAGGUGUAUUCCACCGAUUUAAUAUAAUAUGCUCCCACUUUUUAAUACUAUUGAAUAGUUAAUUUUAAUACUGUUCAAUAGUCAGCCCCAAUGAGAGAAUUACUGAAAUGCAGCAUACAGAGAUAAUACAUUAAUACAUAUUUCUAUGUAUGCUUCCACCUUUUGUUAAUGGCUCACCAAGAUCUCUCUAAAGAUCUCUUUCUUUUUUUUUCUUUACUUUUACAUGAAAAAGCUCAUUCAUUUUUAUUUGGUAUGUUGAAAAUUGUUGUGAGUGAAUAUAAAAGAAAACAUUUAUUGUUAUUUUUGUUGUACUAAAUUAAUAAUUGUCUCCUAAAAAAACAAGAGAAAGUUGUUUUGUUGUAAUUUGAUUGGGUUAAGUGUGCAAAAAAAAAUGCCUACACUAGUUAAUUAAAUGAUAUUGUUUAAGCUAAUUAAAAAUGUUAGCUGUAAUUAGAUUUUUUUUUCUCUACACAUUCCAUUUUUCCCUCUCAGAUUGUAUGUGCCAUUUAUUUACCAUGAAAUUUACCCUAUUAAUAAUAUUGUAUGUUAUAAUAUCAUAUGUAAUAAUAUUGUAUGCUCAAAAGAUAAAAGAACAUAAUAGAAACAGCCUGAACUUGUAUAAUGUUGUUAUAAUACUAUAUUGUUAUUUUGCUUUACAUGUUGAAUUAUCCAUUACAUUUCCUUUAAAGACAAGAACAAAUUGGUUUCUGUUACAUUAUGAUUGUGUUGCCUAUUAUGAAUCACUGGUCAAUAUUUGGAAUGACCUUACAACUUGUUGCCCUUACAGCUUUACUCUCUAUCACAAAUUGAAUAUGGACUAUUUCCAUGGCAGCCCUUUUAUUUUUGGGUGUGAAGCUGUUUUGUAGGAGAGUGUCAGAUUUGGAAACAUGAUCAGAGGUGGCUUGAAAUGGAGCCCCUCCUUUUAUCUUUUGGGUAAGGGAGAGAAUUGUAUGCUAGAUUUUUCUUAUAAUUCUUGAAUACUUGGCCCCUCAACCCCAAUUUGUAUGAAAGUGUAGAUUUAAAAAAUGAUUUUUAUAACACAACAUUCCUCCAUUGGUAAGACUAUAUGUAUUUUAUUUAUUUUGAUAAGUUAGUUUUUGUGUAUUCAUUGUAUUACUAUCUAUAUGUUCAGGUCUAUUUAAUGCUUUUAGAUCAAAUUUUAAAUAUAAUUUUGUACAAGGACUCUCCAUGUGUUGCAACGUCAUAUAUAUUUUUUUUUUUUUUUGUCAAUGUGUUUUUUUUGUUAUAGCACAAAUGUGAUAUUCUACUUGUUUUUAAAUACAUUUUUUUUAUUACUUUUACCAACCUGCCAAUACACAAAAAUGACUCUUACAGUAAAUGUAUUUUUACACAGUUUUUAUCUAGUUAUUGUAAACCUUUUUUUUUUUAAUGUAUUACUUCUACCUAACUUACAUAAUUAAAACAAAGACAUGUUUUUC